AUGAGUCCUCGAAGUGACAGUCCUGCUAGUCAGUUUCACGACUUCCCAGCGCUGAUGGAAGGUACCAACAGAGCCCACGACCUUUAUAUUCUGAAUCCAAUCCCCAAAACAGAACAAGAUACUGGCGAUUUUGAAUCGCCCAGUCUUGGAGAGCAGAAUCUCAAUGACAGCAUGCGUGGUCUGAGCUUGGUUGAUCUUCAGAACCUGGAUCCGACUGCCGGUGAUACGUACAGGAUUGCUAUUCUGGAGACUGUGGGUUUCUGA